GGGAAAGUGUUCGGCUCUGGGUGUGUAUAAUUGCCAUGGCAUGAGCAAACGGAGCCUUUGGUGGGGGGGGAUCAGAGAGACAUUUUUUCCCCCAGACACUUCCAUCACUAUCCACAAAGUUAAGCCCGAGGGAAACUUCAGUUAUCCUUAGCUAAACCAGUGUUGGGUAAGACUUUCUCCUACAUUCUGACUUCAUCCAAGAGCAACCGCAAGUGGAAAUGUACCUGAAGUUCCUAUUCCUGUUUCCUGUGCUGUGGCUAUUGGUACUUAACUCCAGCAGGAUUCAAGGCCAGAACAACGAAGACAGCAACGAGUUCCCAGAACAUUCUCCUGAGCUGCUCAAUCAUCAAGAUACUUCCUGGGCUCCAGAUUGUCCGAAAAAAUGCACAUGCACCUCAGAAGGAAUUGUGGAUUGUGGUGGAUUUUCACUGAAAGAAUUCCCCAUGGGUGUCCCAGAAAUGACAAGCCACCUUUCCUUACAGAACAACCAGAUAGAAACAAUCAUUCCAGAACAGCUUGCACGUCUCCCCUGGCUAGAAACAUUGAAUUUACAAAACAACAGACUCACAUCCAAAGGGCUUCCAGAGAAUACAUUUGACCAGCUGGAGAAUUUGAAUUACCUGUACCUUGCAAAUAACCAGCUCACAAUGGCUCCAAAGUUCCUUCCACAGGCUUUGAUCAGUGUGGAUUUUGCCGCCAAUAAUCUCACCAAAAUUUAUGAUCUGACUUUUGGACAAAAACCAAACCUGAGGUCAGUCUACCUUCACAACAAUAAACUUGAUGAUGCCGGACUACCAGAAAACUUGUUCAACGGUUCUGACAAUGUGGAAAUCUUGAUCAUGUCCAGCAACUUCUUAAAAUAUGUUCCAAAGAAUCUACCACGGGCAUUGUACAAGCUACACCUUAAGAAUAACAAAUUGGAGAAGAUUCCUGUAGGAGCUUUCAAUGAGCUGUCAGAUCUUCGAGAAUUAUAUUUGCAGAACAAUAAAUUAAACAAUGAGGGGAUGGACAAUGAAACCUUUUGGAAACUCUCAAGCCUCGAGUACCUGGAUUUGUCUAGCAAUAAUCUUUCCCAGAUUCCACCCGGUUUGCCUCGAAACAUUGUCCUUCUCCACUUAGAGAAGAAUGCAAUAACAUCAAUUGGCAAUGAUGUCUUGACCCAAAUCAAAAACUUGGAAUAUCUUCUGCUUCACAAUAACAAACUCAAGGCCCGAGAGAUCCAUCCACUGGCUUUUCAUGGUCUGAAGAAAUUGCACACUGUUCAUUUAUAUAACAACCUGCUGGAAACAAUCCCCAGUGGGCUGCCCAGACGAGUAAAAACUCUUAUGAUUCUCUACAAUCAGAUUUCAGAAAUUGGCAGGGAGGAUUUUGCCACUACUUAUUUUAUGGAAGAACUAAACCUGAGCUACAAUAAGAUCACCAGCUCACAGAUUCAUCGGGAGUCUUUCCGUAAACUGAAGCUACUGAAGUCAUUAGAUCUUUCUGGCAACAAACUCCGCACCAUGCCUCAUGGCUUCCCCAAGAAUUUGCAAAGCCUCAAGUUAAAAAUGAAUUUGAUCAGUUCCAUUCCCAAACGCACACUCUCUGGAAUGUCAAAGCUGCAGGAGCUUUAUCUCAGUGCCAACAAAUUGAAAAACAAUUUAAUUCACAGUGGAUCAUGGAGAGAUCUCACCAGUCUUAAGAUACUGGACAUGGCUGCCAAUCAACUGACUUCGAUUCCAUCUGGCUUACCAGAAACUCUAGAGUAUCUAUAUCUCCAGAGCAAUAAGAUCAGCAUUGUGCCAGAAGAUGCCUUUGAUUCCACGCCCAAUAUCAAGGGAAUUUAUCUCAGGUUUAACAAGAUUGCAUUCAGUACUGUGAAAGAGAGCACUUUCCAAAGACUGAAGCAUCUGCAAGUGCUGGACAUUGAAGGAAAUUUUGAAUUCAGUGACCCCUUAAGAAAUGAGGAUCACUCAGAGGAGGAAAUGGAAGAAGAGGAGUAACAGGGAGGAAAGGAGGAGUAACAGAGGAGGAAACGGAGGAAGAGGAGUAACAGGAAGUGGCAUUUACCUGAAAACAAAUCUUUGCUAACCAAAGCGUAUCACAUGGUAGAAGAUUAAGUUAAACGCUUUUCUAAGGACACACAUAAAUUAUCUCAUUUAUUCAACCCACGCAUCUGUGACAAAAACAAAGCUCUUUAUGGCCCCAUCCCAUGAAUGGCUAAGUUAGCAAACAAA